AUGGCGGCAUGGCACGUUCAUCGGGGCUCCAUCAUCGUCUUCACAUUCGGCUACCUGCCUACCUUCUCCUAUGAUCUAGGCCCCUUGGCUCUCGACGUCGACGUAACUUCAUCGAUAGAUGCACUUGUUGCGGAUGACGAUGCUGUCUUACCUAGUCCGGAUAAUCAGAACCAAGUCUCACGCUCUUCUACACCAGCUGUUCCCCCGGGAUUCAGUUUACCACACGCCCACCCCCCGACCGCCAUUCGCGAGGAGCCCGUUACGAAAGUACCUACUCGGUUCACUCCGACCUCUGCACCGUUUACACCCGCUCGGAACCCUGCUAUUCCUCGUGUGGCUACUCCAUUGUCCAUGGUAACAGCCCCUCAAACGACGCAGAGCAUUCCAAAAUCAAAGACUUCUGUGUCAACCUCUCCGGCGAAGCAAGAUGUCACGGCGCUUGCAACUAACACUGGGCUUUCGAAGGCCAUCGCUUUCCAAUCCUCUCAGCCCGCAAUCCAAUCAGAAGAUUUUCCAGCUCUGGAGAGUGGUAAAGCAAAAGUUCAAGCGGCUCCAUCCGUCAGUAGCAAGACUUCCACGCAACCCAAGCCGGCAGUGACGACAACUUCAAAAAAGCCGUCGAUUGUACCAGUCACUGCCUCUCAGGCUCAGGCGGUGAGUAAAGCCGCAGAGAAACACAGCACACCAGCUCCCAACGCUUCAAUGCCUACAAAAUCAAUCGUCAAGACUUUAGUUAUCGAAACUUCUACGUCAACCCCUGCGCCUGUCAAAUCAUUACCCCCUUCCGAUUACCCUUCCCUGCCAAGUGCCUCGACUGUCGCUAGUUUCCAGUCACCUCCUCCUCGUCCCGCGAUGAAGUCUAUUCGAGUUGUACCGACGACAAAGACAGAGAUUCCAUCUGCCGGAAGUGCAACACCAUCUUCUGCAACGUCCAUGUUUCCACCUGCUCUGCCUUCGCGGCAAGCAAGUCUAGCCCUGCGUCCUAGUACGCCUUCUAGUGAGAUUAUCUCGGAUAAUGCUUCAAUCACAUCAGCUUCGAUUUCAAGAGCGAGCUCUCCUCCACCCUCGAAGAUUGGGUCUGCGCCGGUAAGAGAGAACACGAAGGCAGCUACCAGAAGGCUACGAAAAGAGAAGGCAGAGGCAAAAGAAAAGGCCGACGCGGAAGCACGCGCAAAGAUGGCAGAACCAACCCCUGAGGUUGCAAUUGCUCCUAUUAUGGGAAGAAAGAAGAAGCAGAAGAAGGAACGCACUGUCCCCAGUGCAGCUGAAGGUUCGACGCCUGUUGUCAGCCGGCCGCCGUCGCCCGGUCCUACGGAAGCAAUACCAGAUGAACCCAAGCCCAAGCCUAUAGUUCUAGAACAAGCAGGGCAAGCUCCGCAGAAGCAAAGCAGCACAGCUGAACAAGAAACCACUAGAAUCUACAGCAAAGGACAAGACUCGAAGGGAAAAGGAAAGGCUAAGGCCCAACCAGCUGUAUCACCAGAGCCCACCCCCCCGGCACCUGAGGUGGAAAAUGAGCAGGCCGACAAGCCUAUCCCAACUCCAGCCUCUGUCUUCCAUCAUCUGAUUGCAGAAGGAUUGAUCGAUGAUGUAGACCAUCUUUUCCUGCUCAAGAACCCAAUAGUCAACCAUCAGGUCAAAACUCCCAUCGACCCACAAAGCAUCAACCCGAAGGUCACCAUCUCUCCGGAAGACCGACAGACUCUCCUUGCUGGCGAGCCGGUUAUCAAAGUUGGAGAUGGUCCAAGUAGAAUCGUGCUGACCCCAAAUGGUGACUGCAUUCGUAAUCUCACACCAGAGGAAGAGCAACGGUAUCUGGAUCUCCAAGCCCGUAUCGCUAGCGACUACGGUCCAGCCUCAUUUACCUCCGCCAAGCACCACUCCGGCAACGGAUUUGCUCUGAUCGGUGGCCGCGCUGUCUCCAACGGCACACCAACCUUCUUUCCCGCCUCGAGUACCGGUGCUCCAGCCAUGGACCCUGUAAGCAAGAUCCAGCGAGACGAGGCCCUCGGCUACAUCAACCAAUACGUGCUCCCAUCCAUGUCCACCAACCAGCAGAUCGAGAAAGCUCUUAACGUCAAACCAAAUGAGACAGAUAUCACUCACGCCGGCGAUGCCGCAGCGUGGACAAACUGGGGCAGCGACGGCAAUUCCAACUCCAACCGUCGCCCCGAUAACGGUGCUGAGUCUGGCUAUGGCCCAGCUCCUACCAACCGCGAAGGUAUGAUCGCCAACGGUCUGGAGAGCAUGACUGCGCACAUCACAAUCGGCGGUGAUCUCCCUCGAGCCCCGUCUGGACAGCCACUUGGCAGCGUGGCGCUGUUGACUCUCACCGAGGCCGAGGGUGCCAUGCAGAUUGCGCGCAAGGAGACGGAGGGCCUUGAGAAGAGACUCAAUGCGCUGAUCAAGAAGAACAGGCGCCUGCUGCUGCCGAGUUCGCAUUGA